CUUUGGCUGUUUCUUUUGAUGAGCUCUUCUUUUUUUAGUCUAUCGCUGCUUCAGGAAAAUACUAAAUUACUUUUAGUACAAACACUUUUUCGCCAUGGCGAUAGAUCUCCUCUUGCUAUAUAUCCCGGCGAUCCAAAUAACGCAACUUGCUGUCCAGAAGGUUUGGGAAAGUUAUCAUUGCUAGGAAGGAGGCAACAGUAUGCUGUCGGAAAGUAUCUCCGUUCUAGAUAUGAAGAUUUUAUCACCUCGAAUCCAAAUGAAAUUUCUGUGAACAGUUCAGAUUCAGAUCGAUGCCUGAGAAGUGCAGAAGCCAACAUUGCUUCGCUCUACGCACCUGAAGGGAUGUGGAAGUUCGAAGAAGGUCUCGACUGGCAGCCCAUUCCCGUUCAUUACAUUCCUUAUGCACAAGAUAAAUUCUUGAGUUUCCCUUCAUGUCCGAGAGCUGCUGAUGAAGCAAUGGCAUUAUUUGAAUCCGAUGAAGUGCAAUCCUUCUUCCAAAACAAUCAGAAAUCAUUCGAUGACCUGUCCCAACACGCAGGAUUCAAUGUUACUAAAGGUCUCAAUGUUAUGGCCUUCUAUGAUACUUUGAAAGCCGAGGGCCUUUACUUCAGGUAAUAACAGAUAAUAUGAAAGGAAAGCUGAAUGGAUCUAUCUCUGAUCUGAAACUGCAAGUAUUUUCUUCUCAUGACGACAAUAUGAGUGCUAUGCUGUUGGCCUUGACAUCAAUAUACAUGCCACGACCUCCUUACUCGUCUACCAUAGUGUUUGAACUACACCAGUUGCAAAACAAAACGGGAGCUGUACGAGUCCUCC